GUUGCCGGCUGUGCCCCUCACCUGUUUCUCGUUUCAGGGGACGAGCAUCGCUUUGGCACCCCAGACUCCCUGACGCGCCCCCCUAUAAAAGCGUACAGAUCGCCAGGUGGUACUACAUCUUACUUUGAAGGGAAUCCAGUAAAGGAAAAUGCAGAGGCUUGUGACACUAAAAAAACUGAGAAACGAAACAUUUAUACACCAUUCAAAGAAAUAAAGGCUGACUUCCUUGAGAAAAAUCAAGAGUGCUACUCAACUUCUGCACUACAGAGCAGAAGUAAGUCUCUGCAUCAUUCCAGUAUAGAGAAACAGUCACAGCCUUUGGCCAAAAAUGAUGGCGAAUCACAGAAUGGAUUUCACAAGGUGUGGACUUUGUUACUGGGUUUGUUAAUUAGUGUCCUAUUGCUUUAUGCCCUGUGGAGUGGGACUCAAGAUGGAACCUCCUCGAGGAGAGAUGCUGAAAUUCUGCAAGAGUUUCGGGCCCGGAUGGAGAAACUAAAAAAUACUUACCAAAGUCAGGACCCUGACCUGUGGAGAAGAGCCCGUGCUUCUCUUGAGAAACGUCUCAACUCUUCCCGUGUGCAUCUGGAGCCUGCUAUCCUGCUGCUCACCGCUGGCCGGGAAGCUGAGAAGGCCUUGAGGUGCCUGAGCAACGAGAUUGCCAAUGCCUUUGCCUCCUCCCAGAACGCCACCACAAUCAGCAUCAACGGGGUGGACAAGGCUGUACAGGAUAGUGACACUGUCAAGCAGCAGGUGGACACAGAGCUCAGCUCUGGGUUCAGCAAAGGCAAGAAGGUGGCAGUGGUGCAUCGGUUUGAGUCACUGCCUGCAGGCUCCACCUUGAUCUUUUACAAGUACUGUGACCAUGAAAAUGCAGCGUAUAAGGACGUGGCUCUUCUGCUGACAGUUCUCCUGGAUGAGCAGUCACUGAGAAAGAGCCUCACCUUUCAACAAGUGGAGGAGAAAGUCCGAGAUUUCCUCUGGGCAAAGUUCACCAGUUCAGAUGUUCCUAGUUCUUAUAACGACAUGGACACAGAUAAGCUGAGUGGACUGUGGAGCCGGAUAUCUCAUCUUGUGUUGCCUGUUUGGCCCGAGAGGGGCCUCCCUCUGGAGGGAUGCACAUAAAAGUUGCUGAAGAGCACUUGGGAAAGGAGGAAGACACAAAAUGUGUGUUGCAAGUGCAGAACAGGGAAUGGUGUGGCUGCUGAGCUCAGGCAGCAGCAAACCAGUCUUUUCUGUGCAGAGACUUUUCAUCAACUGGCAGGCUUGUUUCUGCCAAAGUAACUGGGACUUCUCAAAGUAAACUACAGAGUGUAAGCAAUAACUUGCUGUUCGUUGGUAAAUUGUAUUCAGUGAUGCAUUCAGCCUUGAUGUCCUGGAGCUGGGCAUUACUGUGCAUCAGUGUAGAGUCACUCAUCUGCCUCUGAACUUGUUGAAGCACUGUUGGCUUUGCUGUGAGGAUCCUUCUCUGGUGGUGCAUAAAGCUGGUAUCAUAUUUGUCAAGGUAACAGAAUGUCAAACCAUCACCUUCAUCUCCCAGGAUUGCUUAUUUUUCUUCUAACAUAAGAAAUAAAUGAAGAAUUAUGAUAAAGUGAUGUGAAUCUGAGCACAAGCUUCUUCCUGAUCCAUUGGAUCACAGCAUAGAUGUCAGCUAACUUUGGCCACUUGUAGAAGUGGCAAAAUUACUUGAAAGAUCUGUGACCUGUAGAGAACCUUUCAGCAAGCAUUUCUUCCUUAAAUGAGCCUGCCCCAAGCAGUUCUGGAGAAAGAGAAAAGCUGAGAGAAAGGUUGCUUAAAGUCAGUAGUACUAAUGUCUGUUAAAUAAUUCCUCAAUACCUCUUUGCCUGGCUGCUUGCAGGAGUUCUCUACUCUUUUUCAAAGUUUUACAAGUCAUAAAAUUCAGAUGGAAACGAUAAAAUGUCAUUCCCAUGUACAUACUAUCUGCUUUCCAAACAAAACUUUAGGAAGACAUAGGUUAUUUCUCAUUUUACUAAGAUAAUUAUUUUUGCAUUGAGAGAGUCUAUUUAUUUGUGGUACUUGAUAUCCUAAAAAAAAAUAACUUCUUGUAUCUGUGUAUAGCUGGCUGCUUGCUGUACAAAUUUCUAGCAAAGAACAGAUUUGCAGAGCAUGCUUUUAAAAUGUUUUUUUAGUCUCUCAUGUCAAUUCCUCACAUCAGAUUAAAAACAAGUACCUGUUUCUACUGUUAAGUACUUUGCAUGAAAAAAUAAAGAGAAUAGCAGCACUUCCAUUUCAUUGCUGGUCACUUCAUGUUCUGACAUGUUGGUACAUUUGGUUUUAUUGAGUAUGAAGGAAUGUGUGAAGAUGUUCUCAAAUUAAUACAAUGUUUUCUUGUAACAGCUGAGAGAUUUGGCCCAUCCCUCAUUCACAAGCCCUCUGAACUGUCCAGUUGUAAAAAAAAAAAAUCCUUUUCAACCAGGAAACCUGUUGAGGAGCUGGAGCUUCUGGCUUGUUUGUGCAAGGCAAGGUUUGGGAUGUUAAGUGGAAUCAACCAAAAUCAGCUGAAGCAUAUAAAAGAGCAGAGUUUGGGAGACACAGAGCUGCAGUCACUUAAACCAGAGGUGGAUUUGUUCUAACUAUUGAGAGCCAGCAAUGGAUAAUGCUUCCUAUUUUAAUGGGCAGAAAUAAAAACAGCAAGAAGACAUGGAGGUGCUGUUGUUCUGGAUGUUUAAUAGCUCAGGAAAGAAAAGAUGGCAUUUACAUUUUGAACAUUUCACUGGACAAAUGUUUUUUUUAUUAAA